AUGUCUCAGAAUCCCCCCCUUCCGCCUCAGCCUUCUCCGGGAGUUGCAUUUGCAAGAAAUCCACCACCUGGCAAUCCGCCAGUUGCCAACCCGCAAGUCCCGCCGACUGGCCCACGUUUUCCAAAUCAGCAGCCUUUCAUGGUGAGACCGUCACCAAUACUCCCUUCGGGUCAAGUAAGACCGACAGUUAAUGCCGUUAGUAUCGAUAGGGAUGCGACAUGGGAUGUCUAUGCGAUACACGGAUUGAACAGUGAUGUCGGAACGUGGAUUGGUAAACCCAGCGGCUUCAACUGGUUGAGGGAACUCCCGAACUACCUCCUUUCCAAAAACGGAGAAAAAGUCAACACAUACACAAUCGGCUGGAAUACUAACCCUUUAAGCCCAGCAAACAUAUCAACAAAAAUCAUGGACAGUGCGAAGUUCGUUGCGGAUGCAAUCAUCGGAGUAAGAGGAGAGAGUCCGAGCCUAGCCGGGAAAAACCCGGGCAGAGUUCCGAGGAAAGUCAUCAUCAUUGGACAUAGCAUGGGUGGUAUUCUGGCCCGAGGUGUAUUGGGUUUCAUGCACGCAGAUCAGCUCGCAAGACCAAGGAUUGUUGAAUCUGGUCAGGAGGCUGAGUUUGGUCUCCCUGAACAUCAAGCAACACCAACAGCUAGUCCUUACAUUGAUUUUUUGAGCUCCGUCAAAGGUGUAAUUCUUCUAGCAUCACCAUCUGCAGGUUCCAGCAUUGGAAAAUGGGUUGGGGGAAUUUUGGCCGCAGCGGCCGGAUUGCCGGGGGGGCCUAGCCACAUCAACCGGUCACAUAUACUGGCUCUCAGACCAGGUGUCGAUGAGUUGGGCGAGAUCAGCAACUCUUUUGAGAGAUACUGUAGGUGGUACGUGUCCAAUGUGAGACGACAACUCAAAGUACAUGCACACCGCGAAACGAAACCACUACCAGUAAUCGGCAUGGUAGUGAACCCGGAAUCCGCAGAUAUCCCGAAAAACAUUUUGGCGUGGGUCGACCACAGGACCGAUGAUCUUAUGGGUCUAAAUCAUAUGGAGGUAACUGGUUACAAUUCCAUGAAUGAUCGAGAACUGCAAAAAAUACUAUCCUCCUUUGUGGAGAUGCAAACGGCAGGAUUGCAGGAGAGCCUCCCUCUGCAGCCUCCUUCUCAGCAGUCUAUCGAUCCACGAUUCGCGCCAUUGCCUGUUGGAGGGUUAAAUACAGCACCCAGGGAAAUCCAGGUUCCUCGCCGUGGAGGAGCACCACGUGGCCGGGGAGGAGCAGUAAUGCCUCCACCUUCUCAGUUACGAGGUAUGACGAGCGGGCUUCAGCAAGGUGGUCAACCUGGUCAAGCUGCAGCACAAGGGCAGUUCCCCUCAUACGAUCCACAGUUUCCUUGA